GGCAGCAGCUGUUCGCGGUGCGACGCGGGGGCGUGUGGGGGAGCCGCGAGGGCGGUAUUUAAAGGGGCCGUUUUCGGGGACAUUCCUGUAGACCUGAAGAAGCAGCUGGAGAGCAAUUGAACAACCAGCGGGGUUUCCCCCACGGCUGCUUUUCCUCGCUCGCCUCUUUCCUUCCUCGAACGUGCUCGGGCUCCUUAGCCUGCUCUCCUCGCUCAGGCGUGAGGGGAGAGCCCCCUCCCCCCCCCGUUUUUUCAGAGGUUCCCAGCUGCUUUUUCGUAGCUUGAAACAAUCCCCCUUUUGCACAUGAACUGACGUGGGGGAUUCAUAGUGAACUGUUAGGAAAUUCGAGGGGAUUGUUGUUAUGUAAUCUGGUUGUCAACAAUAAACAUGGAGAGGAGUUUUAUCUCCCCUUUGUUUCUGAGCCGUUUUCGCGUGUUUGCUCAGCGACCAGUUUUCAGUCAUGCAAAAACCAGGAAUAUGUAUUUCGCAUUCUCUCCACCCCACUUCUCAAAAGGGAUGUAUAUAAUACAUUUUCAAAUGAGCAGGCAGUCUCCCACGAAUUUGUAUCCCCUGGCUAAAUUGAAAAUGGCACUAAAUGACGUUAAUGCCAGAGCUUGGCACAACUGGAAAAAAGAAAUAUUCCUUGAUUCAAGUACCAAGUGUUGAGUAUGUGAGCAGAAAAUUUGAACUAAGAUAUGAUUUGACUUUAAAGCAACUCUCAGUAACCAUGAUGGCAACGCAGACAUUAAGUAUAGACAACUAUCAAGAUGGGCAACAACAAAUGCAAGUAGUAACAGAACUAAAAACUGAGCAGGAUCCAAACUGCUUAGAAACAGAUGCAGGAGGAUUGAGUCCUUCCCCAGUUGAGUCUCAGACACCGAUGGAUGCAGACAAGCAGGCUAUUUACAGGCACCCACUGUUUCCCUUAUUAGCACUGUUAUUUGAAAAAUGUGAACAAUCUACACAGGGUUCGGAAGGCACAACAUCUGCAAGUUUUGAUGUAGAUAUUGAAAACUUUGUUAGGAAACAGGAGAAGGAAGGAAAACCCUUUUUUUGUGAAGAUCCAGAAACGGAUAAUUUAAUGGUAAAAGCAAUUCAGGUUCUACGAAUUCAUCUGCUUGAGCUAGAAAAAGUUAAUGAGCUCUGUAAAGAUUUUUGUAGUCGCUAUAUUGCAUGUCUAAAGACUAAAAUGAACAGUGAAACUCUACUAAGUGGAGAAUCUGGGAGUCCUUAUUCACCAGUACAACCCCAGUCCAGCAACUUUAAACAUGAUAAAGAUAGCUUGGAUUUGCUGGAGCAGCUGUCUUCAUGGAAAGAGUCACCAGAAAAUCCAAUUCAAAGUGCCAUCACAGGUACACUAAGUCCCCAGGGGAUUGUGGUACCUGCAUCAGCACUGCAGCAGGGAAAUGUAACAAUGGCAACAGUUGCAGGUGGCACAGUAUAUCAACCAGUAACAGUGGUCACACCUCAAGGACAAGUAGUAACACAGGCACUGUCACCUGGAACUAUCAGGAUCCAGAAUUCACAGCUCCAGUUACAAUUAAACCAAGAUUUAAGCAUCUUGCAUCAAGAUGAUGGAUCAUCAAAGAAUAAAAGAGGUGUUCUUCCAAAGCAUGCUACAAAUGUGAUGAGAUCUUGGCUUUUCCAGCAUAUAGGG